GCCAACGCGGGUCACGGCCUAUAAUUGACCCACGACGCCCCAUUCACAGUUUUCAAAUUUAUUGGAUUUUUCGUUUUUCACUUUUCCUUUUUUCUUCCUUUUUUAUUUUUCGCCUGUAAAUCACAGUGAAAUUUGUUGGGAACCUUCUCCUCAAGCUCAUCUACUGCGCCAUACUCGUUUUCACAUCUCCUUUUCUUAGUCCGUCGUCGCCUCCUUGUGCGUGAUUGCAGAGGAUUUGGAGUUGGGAUUUUGCCCCUUUUUUGAUUUUUCUUUUGAUUGGGGCGGGUUUGGGGUUUUUUUCUGUUUACAAGGGCAGCGAAGCUUUGAGAUGAUGAUGGUGGAGGCGAGCGACGGAGCAGCGGUGGCGCUGGACGGGUCGUCCUCUGCGCCGGUCGAUUACAACGACGUGCUCUUGAGUCUCGAUGAUAUAUGGCGGGUCAUCGAGGAGUCUCCUGAUUCACAGCAGGGUGGUAGGUCAGAAGAUUUACCAAUUAUUGACUCCAUACAAGGAGAGCUGACUUCCGCUGUUCUCUUCCCAGAAGAUGAUUCGCCCGAAUUUGGUGAACACCAACACAUAACACACAGUUAUGAAGAUUUGGGAUAUUGGAAUAAAUAUUCAGAAAGUGAACAACAUCAACCUUCACCCAAUAAUGGCAAUGGCCCUUACUAUGCAGGUGCAGAUGAUAGUUUACAGAAUGCCUCAUCUUCUUGUCGAAUUGACAGGGAGGAAGCUCCAAUUGAGACAUUCAGCGACAGUGAACCAUUUACCUUUAGCAGCAUGCAUGGCAGAGAGUCAUUAUACCUAAAUGACCCUGAGCAAGAUCUAUUUGACACAUCCAGCUGUGGUGAACCUUCUACUUUUCAUAGUAAUAACGGUGCUAUUCAUAAGCGGGACUCUAUGGAUUUCGGUCGAGUUAACCAUGAAGGAGAUGUAUUUGGAUCAGCCUUAUAUAGUGGCACGGGUGCAUUUAGGAACUACCGCAACAACAUUGGUAUUAGAGCUACUGAUGUACUCAAUGAUGUAAUUGGUGGGAGUGGGACAUAUAAUGCGAGCCCAGGUCAGCUGUAUUCCAUCAAUGGUAUAGGGAGGAUGCGAGGCAGUUCUUCUUCUAUGGUUCCUCGUAAUAAUAAUGUUUCCCAGGCAAAGGAUGAAAUAGAAGAGAAAGAUUCUGAUACAAGAACUUUUAACUCUCCUGGCAGGUCUGGUGAAAUCCCACUGGAAAUUUGUGAUUUUGCUGGUCAUGAUUGGUUUUCUGUUUCUGAGAAUCAUCAAGUACGGCCACCUUCAGUUAAGAUGGAAAGAAAUUCCCUGAAGAUAGAAAAUGAUAUGAUAAAUCCUGUCUUCUUUUGUCAUGAUUGGCCUCAUGUUGAUCAGAUUUCAGAGAAUCUCGGCGGGUUUUCACCCUCUUCAUUUGAGAUGGGAGCAAAUUCUGUAAAGAUGGAAAAUGAGUUGCCGAAUUCUGCCUUUGUCGGUCAUGAUUUGAGUUCUCCUGUUCAUCAGUUUUUGGAGAAUCCGGGCGUACUGCCAACCCCUUUAGUUAAGGUGGAAAUGAAUUCUGUGAAGGUAGAAAACAAGAUGCCAAGGACCUAUCAAGGGGUUCGGAAUAACAUGGUUGCCCAAAAUGUUGAUGAUGAUUGUGAUGUGUGUAUCCUUGAAGAUAUGAGUGCCCCAGCACAACCAAAGCGUGCUGCAAUGAAUGCAAAGCGUGCUGCAAUGAAUGCAAAGCUUGCUGCAGCUUCACAACUUUUGACAUCGAGAAACCAUGGUGCCCAGAUGGCAACAGCACAUUCGAGGAUCAAAUCUAAUGAUGAACGGGCAAUUUUUCGAGUUGCUCUGCAGGUUGAAUCUUUAAUCCCAUUUAAUGAGUCCCGUGUUGACUUCAGAGAAGAAUUGUCGGAUCUUACGCAGCCAAAAUCAGAAGCUACUCCACCAGACGGUCUUUUGUCUGUGCCUCUGCUGAAACACCAGCGAAUUGCUUUAUCUUGGAUGGUUAACAAGGAGACAAAAAGUGCUUGCUGUUCUGGUGGAAUUCUCGCGGAUGAUCAGGGACUUGGGAAGACAGUAUCUACAAUUGCACUUAUACUGAAGGAAAGGCCGGCAUCAUCUAAAGGUUCAGUGGUUAAUGAAAAACAAAGUGAGACAGAGACACUAAAUUUGGAUGAUGAUGAUGAUGAUGAUGAUAGUGUGUCUGAGGCCAAACCUCAACAAUUAAGUGGAUGCCCGAUCAAUGGUGGCAAUAAUUCUCUGCUGGCAAGGGGCAGGCCUUCUGGUGGGACCCUCAUUGUAUGUCCGACAAGUGUCCUCCGGCAAUGGUCCGAGGAGUUGCACAAUAAAGUAACAAGGGAAGCCAAUCUUUCUGUUCUAGUAUACUAUGGAAGCAACCGGACAAAGGAUCAUCUCGAGCUGGCAAAAUAUGAUGUGGUUGUUACAACAUAUGCGAUUGUGAGCAUGGAGGUUCCUAAACAGCCUGUUGCCGGUGAAAGUGAGAAUCCGAUGGAUUCUCCACUCAAAGAACUUUCAUCUUCUGGAAAAAGGAAAUUAUCUGAAAAUUCCUCUAAGAGCAAGAAGAGGAAAGGAAUUGACGGUGAAAUACUUGACGGUGAAAUACUUGAAAAGACAUAUGGUCCUCUUGCCCAGGUUGGAUGGUUUAGGGUUGUACUGGACGAGGCCCAAAGUAUCAAAAACCACCGUACUCAAGUGGCCAGGGCUUGCUGGGGUCUCCGUGCUAAACGCAGGUGGUGCUUGUCCGGGACACCCAUUCAAAAUGCUAUAGACGAUCUUUAUAGCUACUUCAGAUUUCUCAGGCACGAACCGUAUGCUGUCUUUAGGACUUUCUGUGAGCAGCUAAAGGUUCCAAUUCAUAGGAAUCCACGGAAUGGUUACAAAAAAUUACAAGCGGUGCUCAAGACUAUCAUGCUACGUCGAACAAAAGGUACUUUUAUUGAUGGGGAACCAAUUAUUAAUCUCCCACCGAAAACCAUAGAAUUGAAGAAAAUUGAUUUUUCCAAGGAAGAGCGCGAUUUCUACUGCAGACUGGAGGCUGAGUCACGUGCCCAAUUUGCUGAAUAUGCUGCAGCAGGAACUGUCAAACAGAAUUAUGUCAACAUAUUGCUAAUGCUCCUACGACUACGCCAAGCUUGUGAUCAUCCUCUGCUUGUUAAGGGGUUCGGUUCGAGUUCGAAAUUGACAUCGUCCAUUGAGAUGGCAAAGAAACUUUCUAAGGAGAAACAGAAUUCCCUCCUGAGUUGUUUGGAAGCUUCUUUGGCCAUUUGUGGGAUUUGCAAUUAUAUUCUAAACCUUCUUAAACUCUUGAUCGUGCAGGAUCCACCUGAGGAUGCCGUUGUAACUCUCUGUGGACACGUCUUUUGCCACCAGUGCAUAUGUGAACAUCUAAUAGGCGACUCGACCCAGUGCCCAUCAAAGAAAUGCAAAACCCAUCUGAGCAUGGCGUGCGUUUUCUCCAUGAACACGCUACGUAUUGCUCUCUCAGAUCAGCCGAGUACAGAAGACACUGCCAGCUGUACCGAUCAUGAAGUUGCUGAAGUUUCCGAGCUUAAUUCAUCCAGGUGUCCUCAAGAUUCUUCCAAAAUCAAGGCCGCCCUCGACCUCUUAUUGUCCGUCUCUUCACGAACGAACUCCGCAGCACAAUCCGAGUCCUCGCAAGAAUCAUGUGCUUCUGAUCGUGGCAUUAAUGUAAAUUCGGACAAUUCGGGCAAGGUUAUGACAGAGAAAGCCAUUGUGUUCUCACAGUGGACUGGGAUGUUGGAUUUGCUGGAAGCUUGUCUUAAGAGUACUUCCAUUGAGUACCGUAGGCUUGAUGGUACUAUGCCUGUUGCUGCUAGGGACCGAGCCGUGAAAGAUUUUAAUUCUCUUCCCCAGGUUUCGGUUAUGAUCAUGUCUCUAAAGGCUGCUAGCCUUGGCCUGAACAUGGUGGCAGCUUGUAAUGUCCUUCUCCUGGACCUCUGGUGGAAUCCGACUACUGAAGAUCAGGCUAUAGAUCGAGCACAUCGUAUAGGGCAGACACGUCCUGUUUCGGUUUUUCGGCUGACUGUGAAAGAUACAGUGGAAGAUCGCAUUUUGGCUCUGCAGCAAAGGAAGAGAAGGAUGGUUGCUUCUGCCUUUGGGGAAGACGAGUCGCGCACCCGACAGACUAGGCUUACAGUUGACGAUCUGAAGUAUCUAUUCAGGGUCGAUUAAGGAUAUAUGCCUCUACCUUUCUCUAACAAGAUUCAUUUUGCCUGAAUUCUUUCAAAAUCUUCUUUAUAGAAUUAGUAACUGGAGCUUUUACGCGCUUUCCUCUGCCUGAAGCUUCAGAUAUAUCUUUAGAUUAGUAGCUUCAAUGAAAGUUGCAAAUUGGUUGGGUUUUGGAGAGAGUGGUUUUCUUCUAGACAUAGCUGUAUAAGAUGAUAGAAAAAUCUCAGGGGGAGUGUUGGAAAUUCUUUGGACAUUUUAUUGUACAUAUCAGCAGCUUCUGUUCUUUCUGUUGACACCUUUAUUGUUGGGUUCAAAUUAAGAAAUAUAGUCAUUUUUCUUCAGGGUCUUGUUAGCAAAUAUGUGACAGUCAUAUUUCAGAAUUUGGAGGUGUCUAUUUUUGGGUGGAUUUCGAAUCGUCG